AUGUUCCUUGCGGACUUGACUAAUACAAUCUAUGAUCCCAUAAGUCUGCGAAUUGAAUCAUCCAAUGCCAAUGGACAGCCCUGCGGACUUCGCGGUGGGGGCAGCGGACUUUUGCUGCGGAGUUUGGUCCUCAACCGCCAUCUUAUGCGUCAUCGUUCCUUUCAACCUCACAACUACCCACGAUUCGAAGAAAUGCCCCGCACAUUGCCUUCUAAUCGCUCUCGACAGAAGUCAUGCGUCGCAUGCGCUGGAGGGAAACGGCGCUGCGACCGCCAAACUCCGCAGUGCUCACGGUGUCUUGCCCGCGGGCUGGAAUGCAUCUACAUCAGACAGCGCCAACAGCAAAGACGGCAGUCUCCCAGACUUCUACCGUGGUCAUCAUCACCACCCUUCGUGGAUGAUAUCCCUGCAGCCUUUUCACCAGAUGACUUCACUCUAUUCAAUGAUACGGACUUGAUCGCCUCGUGGCUUACACCUAGCCCUUCUCUAUCCGCUGUCCCAACAUUGCUCCCAGCGGGCUAUUUCCCAGAGACCUCAUCUAUCGACAAAUGGUCCACUCAGCAGCUUCUGCAAAGCAUCAAGAGCUAUCCACGGACGUUCGCUCGCUCCCGGAGAGCGCCAUUCAUCCAUCAUCGCUUAUACGACGUCUACCUCCCCGAAGCAAUCCAAGAUGCCUUCACCGUGUCCGCAUCCUAUUAUACCAGAACACCAGAAACCGAAGAUACGAUAUUCCGUAUCAUGGAAGCCAAGACGGCCAAUCUCUUGAACCAGCAUCACCCAGAAAACACCCUCGAGGAGCUGCUCGCGGUAGUACAGGCCCUACUGAUAUUCCACAUCAUCCAGCUUUUCGACGGCGACAUCCGCCAGCGCUCACUGGCGGAACAGAACAUGGAUACGCUGCGAGCCUGGACCAUGCAGUUACAAGUUCGUACUGGCGAACUAGGCCCCGCCGCGCCAACAUGGCGGGAAUGGAUCCUCGCAGAGAGCAUUCGGAGAACUGUUAUCGUUUCUAUACUGAUUGAAGGGUUGUAUUCGGUGCUGAAGGUGGGGCGCUGUACGAUUGUUCGGGCGUUGAGUAUCCUGCCCUUCACUUCUGGGGCUACGCUGUGGGAUUUGACUACGGAUGCUUCGUGGCUGGCCCAGUCGCAUCGCUUGGGCUCGGACACGGUGCUUUAUGGAGACUUUGCGAGGGCUUUUGAGAAUGGGCGGGUCUUGGGGAAGUUGGAUGCGUUUGAAAAAACAUUGCUUGCUCCUUGUUUGGGUGAGAGGUAUAGAGAUAUACUGAAGCUGGAGGAUUGA